CCACGUGGCAUUCUCCCCGGUAUUGGUAUUCGUAUCCAUAUUGGCAAUCAAGGAACAUGAGUAUUGUGGGCAGAAUGCGGCGAUCAUCUUGCAGAGUCCACAGACAGCUCUUUGGAAUCCUGCCAGCAUCAUCUACACCCUGUAUCGAGCGAGGAGCAUCCGGAUGUGACGGGAGAAUGACACGUGGCAUCCGAUGCUGCGGGGAGGUUACACUUCCCCUCCGCAGUAGUACCACUCUUUGUUCAAGGCUCCUCUCCUCCAACACCACCAAGCUGUACGGAGGCCCCCAACCUGAAGGCAUUAAUCAACAACUGCCGGCAAAUGAAUUCUUACCGGCGCCUUCUGCCUCCUCCCUCCACCGUCUCCUCGCCUCCUCCUCCUCCUCCUCCUCCUCCUCCUCCUCCUCCUCUUCUUCUUCUUCUUCUUCGUCUUCGUCUUCUUUCACGAGGCCUUCCUCACGACCAUCGUUGUUCUGUCCUGCUAGAUGUAGAGAUAGCGGGACUUUCGACGGAGGUGUGGUAGUACUGCGUGCCCUGAAGGCGGCAUGGUCGCUCCCGCUGACCUCAAGGUUGCAUGGAUAUGGCGGCUGUGAUGGAGGAUCGCAGAUCCUCUCAUCUUCUUCCUCCUCCCCCUUGCAUCCACGUUUGACGUGCAGUCUGUUUGGAACCGACUGGCAUUGCCAAUCUGUCUCUUGCUCGACUGGUUCUCCGUCGUCGAUGCGGUUUUUUUGGUCCUCUUCCCCUGCUCAAUCAGUCUCCAAUUCCCUCUCACCACCAUUCUCAUUCCGGUCGACCUCCUCCUCCUCCUCCUCCUCCUCCUCUACUUCCUCGUUAUCUUCGUCGCCUCUGUCAUCGUCAACAGGGUGCUCAACGACAUCGCCGCCUGCUCACGGGGCCAGCUCGAGUGCUCCCCCCUCCUCCUCCAUUCUAGAGGACUCUUCAGCUUUGGUCAUGAGUGACGAGGAGUUGAAGGCCAUUCUGCACCAGGCGAGCGUCGUCGAUCUAAGGAAGAAGCUGGACUCCAUAGCUAGACCUUGCAUCUCGCUCACCGAGCUGCGUUCCCUCUGUGUUGAGUGCGAAGCCGCUGCCUCGGAGACGGAGGCUGCCGCCGUGAUCGAGGCUCUCGUCAAGUCGGGAUCUGUGUUCAUUUUUCGCGGGAAAGUCUUGACCAGACCCCUUGAAUUGGCCGAGAAGAUUGGGAUGGUGGUCCCGGAGAUUGCCGACGGCGCCAAUGUGGAGGAAAAGGAAACGGAGAAGAUCGAGGCGGAGCUUCAGGAGCUGCGCAAGCUUAAGGACGACAUAGAUUAUGCCGCCUACAGGCAUACCCGACGAUGGCUCUGGACCGGCUUGGCGGUCGUUUCCGCUCAGUGGGUCGUCUUCUUCCGACUAACUUAUUGGGAACUCUCUUGGGAUGUGAUGGAACCAGCGGCGUUCUUCUGCACGCUGGGCACCGCUAUCUUAGGAUACACCUAUUUCUUGUUGACGUCAUCGAAUCCCAGUUACGAGAACGUGAUGAAACGGAUCUUCUAUGGGAGACAGAGGAAAAUGCUGAGGCGCAAAAACUUCGACGUAGAUCGGGCCGAUAGCUGGGCCUAGUACUGCUGACAAGUACUUCCUAAAGGUGUGCCCGUUAACAAACCUCGAUUUUAGGA